AAAUACUUAGGUAUUGGAAGCUGUCUAGGCUAGAAUAGAACAUAAGCGUCCGUGUUUCUGUGCUAUUUUGGUGCCAUGUUGCUUAUGACGUUCCUUGCUUCUAUGGGAGUUGCAAUAGCGUUGCCGAUUCAGUACAAUGCUAUUUACCAUUCCCCAGCCGCCGUCCACGCUCCGAUAGCUGUUCCGGUUGCUGUAUCUAAUUCGUAUCCGAGAUAUGCUUUCAAUUACGGAGUUAAGGAUCCGCACACUGGAGACAUAAAAUCUCAACAAGAGGAGAGAGAUGGUGACGUCGUUAAAGGAAGUUAUUCACUAGUGGAGCCUGACGGGUCUACACGAACUGUAUCUUAUUUAGCUGAUGACCACAACGGCUUCAACGCAGUUGUCCACAAAACUGGUUACGCCGUACAUCCAGUGCAUACACAAACCGCUCCUAUACAUUAUGCUUCCGCCAUCGGAGUCUCUCCUUACGGCAUUCAUUAAUUCCAUAAUAAUACCUACUCAUAAUAUCUUGAGAGUUUCAUAAUCAUUAAAUUUAUUUAGGUAUCUAAUGUAAAUGCUCAUUUACAUUGGUCUAUCUUGCAUUCUAGAAUAAUUCCAACGCGUUCCGUCCUUGUCCUGCAUAUGAGAAAAUGUAAAUAGCAACAUACGUGCUUAAAAGCGCUCAUCCAGUGUAAAUGGAGCUUAACGCGAUACUAGCAUAGAUUUAUUACUAUGUUUUAAUUACAUUACGAACAGGUGCUGUAAUACCAAACAUAUACAUUCUACUAUUAGAAGUUUCUGCGAAAGCG